GAGGGCUCCUGGCUCUCUUCCAAGCUCCAGAGAUUCCAGCGCGAUUUCGGCAUUCCGAGGCCUUCGCCUCUGACGCUUCGGCCUCCUUUCGUCACCUCCGGGGCCAAUGUCAGCCGCGCAAGAAGGGCGCGCGGGGGACGCAGUCCCUUACUUACGAGGAGUGGCGGCAGCGUGUCGCCAGCGAUCGACCAGAUUCUCAACUGUUAGCAGCGCAGGACUUCGUGGGAAUCAACCAUCUUGUAGUGGUGGCCAUCGACAAGUUUGAGGCUGAUUUCGAGACUUUCCGGAAGGCACAGGAGACUGCUGCAGAAGGUUCCGAGUUUCAGAGCAAAGGUAUCGAUUCCGUCAGCGAGUGGAUUUUCGCUGUUCUGGCCUUUGUGGAGGAACCACUGGUUGAUGACAUUCAGUAUCAGUUGCAGCGUUUACGCCGCAUUUGCUGCCGUUUUGCUGCAGUGGCUGAGACUGCGGCCUCUAAGGCUCAAGGCGAUGGAGAGCAAGAUGCUGCUGCGGUGGCAUCGGCUUUUCUUCGUCCACGCCUGGCUUUGCUGCUGCUUAUUGUGGCCGAUGUCUUUGGACAGCAUUGA